GGCACAGUUACAAAAUCUGAAGGAGAGACAUAUGCAUUGCAUAAUCUAUUACAAGAUGUCGUUCUUCUAAAACAAGGACUUGCGUCGACAAUGAGCCAAGUUACCUUUCUUCAGAGUGAGCUGAGAGAGCAAAGAAAAGUACACAAAAGUGAAAUAGAAAAUCUACGUCACCAGAUGGAAAUGUUACAGCAGUUUACCAUUUUGUGCAAUCGGACUUGUCAUGAAGGAAUGCAAGAGACAAGAAAGAACAUUUCCAGUCUUUCAGAUAAUUUAACACACUUGAACAAGUCCCUGGAACUCGAUGGAACGAAUAUCUACUUCCUGAACAAGUCAAUGAAAAAUUUUGAACACGAUCUCUCAGCUACUGUUCAAAGCCUGAACACGAUGAAACAGUCCAUUAGUUUUGAAAUUCAGCAAGAGUUUCACCAAAACAGGCAGGACAUAGUUAACAACAUAACGACGCUUGGGAAUUCUGUGGAUAUUGCUACAAAACAGAAUCACUAUAUUUCCCUUUCUUUGAAUGACGUCAGAAGGGAUUUGCGGCAUCUUGAACAACAUCAGGAAAACACUACUUUGUUACUUGAAGAACUGAGGAAGAACAUCGCGGAAUCAAAUGAAGUGAUAGUCAACAUAGACCAUAAAACAAAUGAUUCCAGAUAUAGAGAGAUGACAUCAAGCCUCGCCAUAUCUGAAAUGCAAACAAAGAUCCAAAACUUAGUAUCAGAUGUAAAUACCAGAAUUAGCUUCACAGCCGGGAGAACACAAUCCAAAAAGAACUGGACCGUGGGAGAAAGAAUUGUAUUCACAGACGUGAUUGACAGUCAAGGGGGUGGAUACAAUGCAACUACUGGAAUAUUCACAGUCCCCAAAAACGGGACGUACCUCUUCUUCUGUAAUAUUUUGGCGUAUGCUAACCACACCUUUAAUGCCGAUAUCGUUGUCAAUGGACGAACAAAGGAGAGGGUUGUGACGAUCGCGUAUGGUGUACCCAUAGCGUCAUCCAAUCUUCUAAUAAUACGCCUAAAAUCAGGGGAUCAAGUCUAUGUUAGGCUUGCUUUAGGAAGCCAUUUGCUCUGUGACUGGGCACAUGAAGUGACAUUUUCUGGCAUAAAAGUAAAAUAG